AAGAACCCGCACCACCGCUCGGCACCGGGAGAGCCGCAGCGGGGCCCGAGUCCUGCCCCGAGCGCAGGGAGGAGGGACCGGGCAGACCCUGGUGCGGCGCCGCCCGGGAGGGGGAGCCGCGUCCAGCUCGUGACCCAGCGGCGGCGGAGGCGGGUGCGCCCGUCGGUGCCCCCGGAGCCGCCAUGGCCUCGCAGAACGCUGACCCCGCCGCCGUGUCCAGCGCAGCCGCUCGCAAAGCGGCCGAAACGGGAGCCACGCCGGCCCGCGGCGCGGUGGGGAAGAGGCUGCAGCAGGAGCUGAUGGCGCUGAUGAUGUCCGGUGAUAAAGGCAUUUCCGCCUUCCCCGAGUCCGACAACUUGUUCAAGUGGAUUGGGACCAUUGACGGCGCCGCUGGCACGCCCUACGAGGAGCUGCGGGGGAGUGCUCGGUGUGCCGACUGCCCUCACCACCCCUCUGCCCUCACUGCCGGCACCUCGCACAGCCCAGUCCUCGCUGCUGCUCGGCUACACCACAGACCUGUCACACCUGCAGCCUUCCUCCCAGCCAGACAGGGCUGCCUGCUGUGGGUGGGGGACAUGGGAUUGAGUCCUGAGGGCUCUGUCCUUGAUGGGAGAGGAGUCGUGUACCUGCUGCAGCCGCCGCCUCGCUUGUGGCUUCCUGUCUUGCCUCCUCCUUGUCUGUGGCAGCAGCUGCUACCCUCGCAGGCAAGAAGCAGUCCUGGCACUUCCCCUUGGCCCUGCACACCUGGGGCUUGGGCAGGCUUUGAGGAGCAGCAGCAGUGGCCCUGCUCCUUCCACCCUGCUCCCACCUCUGCUCCCACUGAAGGAGGCUUAACCACCACCACCAUGAUGAUCCCACUGCCAGGGCACACAAUGCAGGAACUUGCAAUAAACUCUCUGACCAAGGUGGUUCUGCUCCUCCUCACACCCCUCUGCCAGCCCCUGCUUUGCUUUCCUCUGCUGAGGAGCACCAGGGAGUGCCAAUGCCCUGUGCCAGAGGGCUCUGGGCGUUGCCCCCUCUGCAGGGUCCCUGCAGCCUGGAAACAAGUGACCUGCCUGAGCAGCAGCAGUGCAGUCACUCAGCCCUCUGGCACUACCCUCAGCUCCGUUUGCUCCCAAGGACCGGAGCUGGGCAGCAUUGUUGGCUGCCUCCUUCCCGUCUCCAUGCCAUGUGCCCCGCGUGGGCACAUCCUCCAGACAACAGGGCCAUGAUUUUGGAGGCGGGUGGUUUAUUAGUGUAAUGAGAAUGGGUGCAGCAGGGUUUCCCAGAGCAUCCCUCUCCACCUUGCUGCACCUCAGCAGGGCAUGGGCACCCUGAGGA